CCCGCAGGACUUGUUUUUGUCGGCUGGCGAGCAGCGACACGCACAACGCACAACACGCACGGGACGGUGGUGAUGAGUGGACGACAACCGCGACCACCACCACCACGAGGGAGAAACGGUGGGAAGGAGGAGGGGAAGGAUGGAACAAAGGCAGGGUUAGUGCGGUUCCAGGCCUUGCCAGCGGGCAUGUCUGUGGUUGACCCGGCAUGGGAGACGAUUGACCCCACCCCAAACAUCCACGAGCUGUUUCUCAUGUUCAACAAGCUGUUCUUCUUCGGCGUGCUGGCGGGCAUUGAGGUGAAAUGGAGCAAGCGCAUGACGCUAUGCGCCGGCCUCUGCGUGUACGACGGGCAGCUCGUCUCCGUGCGCCUCUCCGAGCCGCUGUUGAAGCUGAGACCAAGGUCUGACCUCGUCAACACCUUGUUGCACGAAAUGAUACACGCCUUCCUGUUCCUGCGCGAGCGUAACCGCGACCACGACGCCCACGGCCCAAACUUUCUCUCUCACAUGAAGCGGAUCAACGAUGCGAGCGGCUCAAGCAUCACGGUGUAUCACAGCUUCCACGACGAGGUCGACAUGUAUCGCACGCACUGGUGGAAGUGCGAUGGCCCCUGUGCCCGCAAGCCGCCGUACUUUGGAUUGGUCAAGCGCGCAAUGAACCGCGCCCCAUCUCCGCGCGACCCGUGGUGGAGCCAGCACCAGCGCCAGUGCGGUGGAACAUACACAAAGGUCCGUGAGCCCGAGGGAUACGGCCAGAAGAAGAGGAAGAAGGCGAAGAAAGGCGACGAUGGCGACGACGGCGCGAAACGAAAGCGAGACACGAAUCAGCCGGCACUCGAUCGCUUCCUCAAGGCAAAACGAGAGCCCCAGUCGCAAUCGUCAUCGCAACAAUCGUCCUCAUCAAAAUCAGCAGCAACAACAACAGCAACAACAACAGCGACAACAACAACAACAACAGCAACAGCAGCAAUAUCUUCAUCCUCGUCCUCAUCAUCGUCACACGUGCUGACGAAAAGCGAAGAGGAAGUGCUGCUGGCCACGCUGUUUGGUGCGGACACCAGAGCACGCGCACACACCAGCGGUAGCACAACAACACCACCAGCCCCAACAACAACCGCACGAAUAUCAUCAACAACAACAUCAACAACAACAACUGCGGGUGCACAGGGUGCAGUGGGGUGGAGGAUAACAGAAGAGAUUAAGGAGGAAGAGGAGGACAGAAUAAUAGUAUUAGACGAUGACGACGAUGAUGGAGAGAGUAGUGGUUACAGUGCAAAUGCUGGUGAUCUCACACGAGACCACAUCAACGAUGGGCACAGCAUGCCGCAUGCAUCGACAUCAUCACCACCACCAGCAGCAACAGGGCGGGUUGUGUGCCCGGCGUGUGGUUGCGAGUGCACAGAGGCCACCAUCAAUGCACAUCUCGACACGUGCUUGGCAUGAAUCUUAUUGAAGAUGUGUGUGUGCGUGGGGGCGUAUUAAUUGUGUGUGUAAAUGUGUGCGUGUGUGUGUGUCGGUACACCUGACUUGCACAGCAAAGAUCACGGUUGUCAAUAUACUCUUUGCAAAC